GCGCCCCCGCGCGUCGGUCUCCGUUUCUGAGCCUGCUCUGAAAGUGAUGUAACGAGGCCGAGCUCGCGGCCGCUUUCCCUCUUCCUCCCUUCGGCGCUCGGCACUGGAGCGCAGAGCCCGCGCAGGGCUGCCCAGAGGCACCGCUUCCAGAGCCCUAGGGACCGAUGGGCACGGCUGGGAGAGAUUCUCCCACGUCCCUGCUCCUCCUUGUGGAGUUAGUGCGGGAAACCGGCCUUUCUUCCCAGAGUCAAGGGAGAGAACUAAGGGGCAACUGCUGCCAAGAUUUCUGAAGAGACAGACUGUCUUCUUUCCCUAUCCCGAGGGGCGGCAGGAAAACUCAGAAGGGAAGAUCACACUACUCCCCGGCCAGCAAGCAGCCCCCCACCUGGAUGGAGUGAAAGAUGCGGCCUGAUGACAUUAACCCGAGGACUGGGCUAGUGGUGGCUCUGGUCAGUGUCUUCCUGGUCUUUGGUUUCAUGUUCACUGUCUCUGGGAUGAAGGGGGAGACUCUGGGAAACAUCCCCCUCCUGGCCAUUGGGCCAGCCAUCUGCCUCCCAGGCAUUGCAGCUAUUGCCCUGGCCAGGAAGACCGAAGGAUGCACCAAGUGGCCGGAGAAUGAGCUGCUCUGGGUCCGCAAACUGCCAUGCUUCCGGAAACCCAAGGACAAGGAGGUGGUGGAGCUGCUGAGGACCCCUUCAGACCUGGAAUCGGGCAAAGGAAGUUCAGAUGAGCUGGCUAAGAAGGCAGGCCUCGGGGGGAAGCCACUCCCACAGGCGCAGAGUGAGCUGCCCAUGGCCAGCUCCAUCACCACCCACACACCCACGGAGGAAGGAGAAUGCCAGAGCCUCAUCCACAGUGGGCAUCAGGAGGAGACAUCCAGAUUCCUGGAUGGCUACUGUCCCUCGGGCAGUUCCCUCGCCUACAGUGCUUUGGAUGCCAAGUGCUCAGCCUGGGACAGAUCUGAGUGCCCUGAGCCAGAGGACAGCAUCUUCUUUGUACCCCAGGACAGUAUCAUCGUUUGCUCCUACAAGCAGAACAGUCCCUAUGACAGAUACUGUUGUUACAUCAAUCGGAGCCAAGGCAAGUGGGACCAUGAGACAAUAGUCUAAGCUCUGCAUAAGAGGGUUGCUGUGAUGUUGAUAGAAACACAACUACAUUCUGCUCCCAGUGGAUGGAAAUUGCUCUUCUCUGACAGCCUUCACAUUGUUAGAGCUUAACAUGGUAUGUGAUGGGUGUGCCAGCCUCUGGUGCCUGAAAGUCAUGUAAAUAGGCAUGUUGGGGACACAUUUUAGGGAAAGGUGAUGAGGAUUAAGGACACUGGAAAAGGUAGAAAGUGGGAAAGGAAGCAGUUCCAAUUGUUUUUAAAUAAUUUAUACAAUGUCAAAUGUCAUGUAAAAUAACCCAGAAAGUGUUAUUAGCACCUGUGGAAAGCAAGAUCAAUCUAGAGUGGGCUACAGAUCCUAGGAACCAAGUGGCACACGGGCUAUCCACAAGGAAGCAGAGCUGCUUAUGUCUGAAGAAAUUGAAAGAAAAAAAUUCUAGUGCUCUCUUAUAUGAAAUUAUUUUUUGUCUGGUAAAAGGUGUUUUAUACUGGGUAAUUACUGAAAGAAAAAAAAUCAAGAUAGAAUAGUUAAGCCCUCCUUAGGAGAAAGGGAAGUUUUUAAAAACUGAAUUGUAUAACUUCAUGGCUUUAUCCUCUGGCAAAUCAUGGUUUCAAAUAAAAUGAGUGUGACCAGUUAUGUGAAAAAUUAAUAUUUUACACGGUAUAUUUUGCUUCUUAAACUCUUCUUUUACAUUGAUGUAUUGGGUCUUUAGAUGAAUUUUUUUAACAUUUACUAUUAUUCAUGUGUAAUUUCCUUACCAGGUGAAAAAUGGCUUAAUGUAAUAUUCUUAUAGAUUGGAAUUUGUUUUCAUCAAGACAAAAUGAAUUUACAUAUAUAUUCAAGUGUCUUCAGCAUUUCUGGGAGAUGUGUACUGGUAGCUACUACAAGCUUUUUAAAAUCUGGGACAUACAUACAUUAGUUCUAAACAUUAUGCAAAGUUUGUAUAAAAUUCAAUGGUUAAACUUUUGAAAGUGUUCAAUGCAUCACAGAAUAUAAAUGCCAAUGAAACAAGAGUUAAUCUACUAAAUUUAAUUGAAGCCCAGAUUUUAUUGAGUCCCCCAAUAAACUUUAUAUGAUGAAA